GCGGCCUCUUUAACAUUUUACACCAAACUAUUAAAAGCCAAAAGGAAAUUAAAUAAGCUCCUCUCUCCUCGCUCUCAAAUUGUGAGGCUGGAAACGGUGCCGUUUUUGAUCCCAGGAAUGACAAAAGUACAUCCUAACGUCGCCGCCGCACCCGCUACCGGCCCGACGGAGGAGAAGCUGAAGUCCUCUGCUCACUUGGAGGCAGAUGCGGUUGUUCUAACUGUGUGGAAGAAGUCUUUGCUUUUCAAUUGUAAUGGCUUUACGGUAUUUGAUAGCAAAGGAAACCUCGUAUAUAGAGUUGAUAAUUACAUGGGCGGAUCAGGUGCUAACGGGGAGAUCAUUCUUAUGGACGCCGGCGGCAAGCCUCUUCUCACCAUCCGCCGAAAGAGGCUGAGCUUGGCGGAUAACUGGCUGGUCUACGACGGAGAAACGGCGGUUAAUCCGCGGUUCUCUGUGAGGAAGAACGUGAACAUCCUUAACACGAAAUGUUUGGCUCACAUGAGUAGUACUAGUAAUAGCAAGAACAAACUCAUGUACGAAAUAGAAGGAUCGUAUGCGCAACGAAGCUGCGCCGUGUACGACGAGAAGAGGAGGAGAGUGGCGGAACUCAAGCAGAAGGAAGCAGUCGGCGGAGUUGCCUUUGGAGUCGACGUAUUCCGGCUAAUUGUAGGGCCGAAAAUCGACACUUCCGAUGCGAUGGCUAUCAUCAUCCUCCUUGACCAGAUGUUUGGUUCUUCUAGACGCUUCUAAACUUAAUCAAAUGAAAUUCUGCCGUAUUUUAGUCAUAUAUAUAUAUAUAUAUAUAUAGAAAUUCCGCCGCCACCUUCAACCCCUACUCUCUGUCGACACCUUCGUUACACCUUUUUUACAUUGAAUCCCCACUUAUUUUGCGUUCCCUUAUCUUCUUUUUUAUCCUUUUAUUUAUUUUGAAUUUUGGUUUGGGGUCACUAGAGCUUGGUUUUUUCCUUUUAAAUAAAAAACCAAGCUGCAAAUGGGGAUGUAUAUAUAUUCAAAAAAAUUAGCUUUUUUCUUUUUGUAAUUCUCUUUCUGGGGUUUUUUUUGGAUGGGUCUGGUGUAAGAUGGUGAUCCAUUUCCAGUGUAAUGGUAUUUUUCUCAUGUAGAGAAGUUUAAAUAAAUAAAAAAAUAUAUUAAUUAGCUUAA